AUGAGUGUGUGGGCCCCGCGUGCCAUCGCCCGCUGUGGGCUCUCCCGUCAUCUUCAGAGUGUAAACACACUACAGAUCCCACACAGUGUAAACACAUUACACACGGUGGCUCUCACGCUGCAGCGACGCGGUCAGUUCGCGCAGGUUCCCGGCAAACGCGAUCAGGAGGCGUUUCUCUCGCAGUUUGACCCCCUCGACGUUCUCGCCCUCAACUCGGACUGCACUGUUGACGACAUUGACGCCGCCUUCCACCGGCUGCAGUCGAAGUACGCGCCGAACGGUCCCAGCCCCGAUGCGAAGAUGUUGGACCGCGUCUGCAGGGCCCACGAGAUACUGAAGGACCCGGGAUCUCCCUACUAUUUACGUGCACACACCUCUGAGGUAGACCGACAACGCCUACAGUUUCAGAUGCUGCCAAAAUCAAAACGGCAACUCAUUCAAGUUCAGGUGGGGAUGUUGAUGGUGCUUGUCGCAGGACUGACUAUGCUGGUCAUAUCGUUGAUGGUGCGCCCCAUAAAGCGUUCCUUGCGCGCGGCGACGCGUUGA